CAAAAGUCAGCGACUUUCUCUCUCUCUCUCUCUCUCGCUCUCUGGCUCUCUCUCCAAAAGCUUUCAAGUCUCAAUUUUUGUUUGUUUUAGAGCCAUAAAAAUGGCCUUUAAAGCCUGUUUUGUGUGUGCCUUUCAUGCUUCCCUAAUAACCAAAAUCAGCAGCAGCUCUUCUUAGCUUACUGCCUACACAAGAGAGGAAGAACAAAAAUCAAACCCCAGAAACAAAAAUUAAGGGUUUGGGCGUUGGGUGUUGAUGAUUUUGUUGUAGAGUGGGAUUGAGCGAAGUAUGUGUAGCUUGUUUGAGAUGGAGAAUUUGCAAGGUGACUUGACUGAUAUUGUGAGAGGAUCAAGAACCAGUUUUGGUUGCAAAACAGAAGACCCCUUUUCAUCCGACUGGAUAUUUUCAUCCGAAAUGCCCAUCAAUUUCUCUUCUUCUUCUUCUUCCUCUUCUUCGUCUUCUUCACAAUUACAAGACCAUGCUGCUGCAAGAGACCAUCAACAAUACAGCUUUGGGGAUCCAUUUUGCGCUGCUGCGCCCAUGAGAGAUCCUCUCUUUCAAGAGCUGGAUAUUUGUGGUUUUUUGAAUGGUGGUGGCAAUUUAGAGGACAAAAGUGGAUGCGGUGGAAGUGUUUUUGUUGGUGAAGAUGAGGCUAUGAAAAGGCCUUCCAAUAUCUUCUCUCGCAUGCUUCAGAUCUCUCCACCGCCACCAACAAUUCCAAACAAAUUCCCAAUUUCAGCAUCUCCUUGUGUCUCCCCUUUGUUAAUCCCUAAUUGCAAUUCCCCAUUGAUUCCUCCUAUUAAUUCUGACCUUCACCCCUCCGCCCUUCAGAUCUCUUCUCCUACAAACCCACCUGGAAUCAAGCGAAGGAAGAGCCAAGCAAGGAAGGUGGUUUGUGUUCCUGCUCCAGUGGCUGCCACUAGCCGACCUAAUGGGGAAGUUAUUCCUUCUGAUCUGUGGGCUUGGAGGAAAUAUGGUCAGAAACCAAUCAAAGGUUCUCCAUAUCCUAGGGGGUAUUAUAGAUGCAGCAGCUCAAAGGGUUGUUCAGCCAGAAAACAAGUGGAAAGAAGUAGAACGGAUCCCAACAUGUUGGUGAUUACAUACACAUCUGAGCACAACCAUCCAUGGCCAACGCAAAGAAAUGCUCUAGCAGGCUCUUCAAGGUCCCAACAAUCAAAAAACAACACGCCCAAUUCCUCAACACUUUCCUCCGCAUCUCUCCCUCAAAAGCCAACAACAGCUCAAGAGGGACCACAAAACAACAACCAACAUCCAAACAACAAUGACAAUAAUGGAGCAAGAUCCUCGGCAACCUCCAAUCAUGUCAAACAAGAGCCUCCCGAGGAGAUUCAGAAACCCUUUGCAACAGAAGCUGAAGGGUUUCCAUAUAGGGUGGCAAUGGCAAUGGCAAUGCCUAUCCACGACAAUCAAAGUGAUGACUUUUUUGCAGAUUUGGAGGAAUUACAGACCGACCCUUCACAUCUCUUGUUCACUCAACCCCAAAAAUUACACCAAACCCAAGAAUCAGGCGGCUUGGACGACGUCGUUGCAUUCAAUAAUCUCUUCGAUUGGGCAGCUGAAGACAACAGCCAUUCAUUUCAGGAACCGCCAACUGGUAGCAAGAGAGGUUUUUAUUAAACAAACCAACCCACAAGGAAGAUCAUUAAAUCAACUCCCUCUCCGCCAAAUAUUCAUCAACAUUUUCUUUUUUUUUCCUCCUCCAGUAAGUUAUAUGGGUGCACAAAAUCUUCAAAAAAAAAAAAAACUUUAUACCAGUACACACGUGAUUUAAUCAUCAUCGUUGGAUAUUGGAUUUGAAGAAUAAAAUUUAAAACUAGGACCGAUGGAUCCACCAAAACCCUUUU